GCUUUAUCCCCACACCUGAACCUUCUUAAACCCUUGCGCCUUGAUAUUAAUAUCAUUAUCACCACAGUAAUGGGGUUUUACGAAUGGCAUUCUGUAGAAUUUUGGGCACAAUCUCCACUCCAGUUGUUGCUGAUUCUUUCAGAUAUGUAGAAAUCCGUAUAAUAACUGGAGGGUUUGAUGAAUUUUCCAUGAAUGCCAUUUCCAAAUCCUCCAAAUUCAGAAACCGAAACCCAUUCUGAGCUGUGCUUUCAAGCGCUACUUAAAACACUGUCCCAUCAGCCCCUUUUCACAUCUAUGUUCCAUUGGCAUUGUUGAGAGAGCUAUCUGAAUGAAUGUCCAGAAAAACCCAAAUGUCAAUGUGGAAAGAUGGGCACAGGAGGAGCCCAAGAAUCUCUGCUUUGGAUGCAUGGAAGGCCCACAAAGAGAAGGAUGGUGGUGUUAAUGUUUCCCAAAAUUCUAUACAGGUAAUGCCAAUGGAGCACAAUGGGUUGGGACCACCUUCUAGGACAAGGGCCCGGAAGAAGAGAAAACUCAGGCCUGUUCAAGAUGUGGCAGUUUCUUCUGUUACCACUACAGCUAACCAGGAGAGCAAAAGUCCAGUUGAUGAGGAUCAUCCAAUCAAUAGUGAUCAACUAUCAGUUUUUCAGGCCAAAGGUAGCCCAAAACGUGAAGAUGGUCAAUCAUCGAUUGUGUCAUCUUCAGAAUGGUUGCCAGAAAAGCAUAUACUUGAGCUUAUCCUUGACACAUUACAAAGGAGAGAUACACAUGAAAUAUUUGCAGAACCAGUUGACCCUGAAGAGGUCGAGGAUUACUAUGAAAUUAUUAAAGAGCCCAUGGAUUUUGGUACCAUGAGGGCUAAACUUCAUGAAGGAAUGUACAAGAACCUUGAACAAUUUGAGCAUGAUGUAUUUUUGAUAUCCAGCAAUGCAAUGCAUUUUAAUUCCUCAGCUACCAUUUAUUUCAGACAGGCUCGUGCCCUGCAAGAACUUUCUAAGAAGGUUUUUCAUGUUCUAAAAACUGAUCCUAGAAACUUUGAAUUGGAAUUCUCUGCAUCACGACGAAGACCUGGUCGAAGGCCCCAGGGUGAUGCCAGAGGUUCAAAUUUUAGCUCGCCUCCUAAACCCAUGACAAAUGUGAGGUCUAGGAGUAUGGCUUAUGACGGGUCAUCGAAAGGCACUCGUUCUUCAAGUGGUUCAUCAAGUCUCAGGAGAACCAUCCGAGUAAACCCUGGGUGCUCUGAUACAGCUACGCAUUUUGAGACUGGAGAUCCUGAAAUUCUUUCUGGUUCUGGAGAUGGUAGAAGAUCUAAUUUUUCUGAAACAGAACAGCGUUGUGCAUAUAGAGCCUCGACGUCCUUCCUUGAUGAGAGUGAAUUGAUUGUUUCAACUACUUAUAGCAAACCGAAACCACUUUUGCAUGUGAAUCAGUGUGAUAUUGGUUACACUGAAAGCUUGAUGAUGUUUGUUAAAGAUCUUGGACUAGUAGCCCAAAUGGUUGCCAAGAAGAAAUUACAGGGAUGGUGGCCCAAUGAACCCAAUCGUCCAACUCCAAGCUCAAAUCAUUGGUUUCAGGCUCCAAAAUGUGAAAAUCCUGCAGCUGGUAUUCUUGAUAUAAAAAACGCUACAAGAUCUGAGUAUCCCCUGUACCACAUUCAAGGGCCUGCUACUCAUGUCCUUAAAAGCUCCAGUGGUGGAAUUCACUUGACUGUUGCUGACGAAGGAGUAAGGGCUGAUAGGGAUGUCACAAUGGCCAAUAGUGGCACUGGGGGAGAAGUAGCUCCCAACGGUGGUGCAAAGAUCACCUGUAAUGGUGGUAGGGGGAAAGACCACAGCAGCAACAGGGUGAAUUUUCCUGCUGUUCUUGGAGGUAACAUGGUUCAUCAGAAUCAAAGCACUGAGAUUCAGUUGGCUUCAUAUUCUUCCACUUGUGCUGGAGAUUUGAAUCCCUCAUUUGAUAGAACGAUGAACACUGGCAGUAAGUCGAGACCAAUAUUGGUGGACACAGGCAAGUUGGAUCACCAAGUGCAGCCAUUGGUGUUAUCUUCAGAGCCUUCACAAUCAAAUAUGUUUGAGAAGUUUACUUUGAAGACAGUCAACACUUUGGCACCACCUUCAUGGCCUCUACAAACCAAGGAGACACCAGCUUCUAGUCACACCAUUGGUUCCCUUCAUGACUCGGGCUUGCAGUAUAUAAGUAAUGAAGAUCCAGCAACAGCUGCACCAACACCCAAAUUCACCAGCUCAGCUCAGGCAGGCCUGGUCUCAGGACUGAACCAACCCAAACCACUGGUUUCUCAGUUCAUUUUUGAUCUGCCCUUCUUGAGAUCACAGCUCAGUCAGAUGAAUUCCUCAGGACAGGCAGGAAUGCAGCGAGGUUCAACUGCUGAGGGGCACUUUUCUGACAAAAGGAGCUAUGAUAGGGCUUCUAUGCGUGCCCACCGAGCAGAGCCAAGCCCCCAACCUUCACACAGUUCUCAACAGCGAUCCUUGUUAGAUAGUAAGCCUACUGAUUUGGCUCUUCAGUUGUAAGGAAUUUAUAUGUACAGGAUUCACAUUUUCAGGACAAAACAUAGAGACUUUCAGAGUUAAAUCAGUGAAGAGUUUUGUUUUA